GGACCAGGGAAGUCACCACUUGCUCAGGUUUAUCCUGACAGGGCAACCAACUUUACCAUCAAUUUCUUAAACUGCCAAGGUGCUACCAAAAAGCACUAAUCAAAAUGUUCUGUCACGUUACGAGGUCUGACUCGGUUGUAAUGGAGGUGGAGGUCGAUGCGAAGGCGAAUGGGGAGGACUGCUUGAAUAAGGUCUGUCAGAAGUUGGGAAUCAUUGAGGUGGAUUACUUUGGGCUCCAAUUCACUGGCAGCAGUGGGGAGAGUUUGUGGCUGAACCUGAGGAACAGAAUCUCCCAGCAGAUGGACAAUGUGUCCCCAUGCCGACUGAAGCUCCGGGUGAAGUUCUUUGUGGAACCCCAUCUCAUCCUUCAAGAACAGACAAGGCACCUGUUCCUGUUGCAUGUCCAGGAGGAGCUGCAUCGGGGCAGCCUGCGUCUGGAUGCGGAGCAGGCCACAGAGUUCUGUGCGCUGCUAGCCCAGGCCGAGCAGGGCGACUACAGCUGCCAGAACGCCGCCAAGUACUGCUACGCCCACCUGUGUGGCCAGGAGCCCAGCACGGCCACCCUCAACAGUAUGGUGUCUAAGCACCAGGAGUUGGAGGGCAUGAGCCGCUCGUCGGCCGAGUACCAGGCCCUGCAGCUGGUGGCCUCCCUGGAGCACUACGGCGUGGAGUGGCACUCGGCCCGCAACGCAGAGGGCCACAGCCUGGCCAUCGGGGUGGGGCCCGACGGAGUGUUUGUCUGCAAGGACGACUUCACGCUUAUUAACAGGAUCGCCUACCCGGUGUUUCAGAUGGCCACGCACUCGGGUAAAAACGUCAACCUGACGGUGUCCAAGGACAGCGGGGAGAGCGUAGUGCUGGAGUUCAAGCUGAUCAGCUCUAAGGCAGCCAAGGGUCUCUACAGGGCCAUCACAGAGAUCCACGCCUUCUACAGAUGUGACACGGUGACCAGUGCGGUGAUGAUGCAGUACAGCCGCGACUUCAAGGGCCACCUGGCCUCGCUCUUCCUCAACGAGAACAUCGACCUGGGCAAGAAGUACGUCUUUGACAUCCAGCGCACCUCCAAAGAGGUGUACGACCGCACGCGCCGCGCCCUCUUCAGCACCGGAGGAGUAGGAAGCUCACCCACCGGGACCACAACCACCAGCAACACCACCUCCGCCAUGCCCUCAGCUAAGAAACGCCGCCGCUCCCACCACGCCACUUCCCCGCUACGCAAGCUCGGCGAGGACGGGGAGGAGGAGAGAGAAGAGGAGGAGGAUGAAGAGGAGGAGGAGGAGGAGGAGGAGGGGAGGUGCGAGGGCUGCAGGGAGAAGCGUCUCCUGGAGGAGAAGCUGGCUAGGCUUCAGGAGGCGCUGCUGUGCGCGCUGUGCUGCGAGGAGGAGAUCAGCGCCACCUUCUGCCCUUGCGGACAUACCGUCUGCUGCCAGGCCUGCGCCGAACAGCUGCAGUGCUGCCCCGUGUGCCGUUCAGAAGUCGACCACAUACAACACGUCUACCUGCCCACGUGUGCCAACCUUCUCAACCUGGCACUGCCCACUAAACCCGCCUACAGCAUCUCCCGGACCCUGCCCACGCACCGCGGCGCCACCAUGGUGGACUAUACAGACACACAGAAGAUCUGCUGAACACACACACAGAAGGAAGUGCUGGACACUCUCCCUCACUCGCCCCAGAACACACACGCACACACCUGAGGACACAAUGUAGCAAUACACACACAAACGUGUGCGCACACAUACACACACAAUUGAGGACAUGCAGGACUGUACUCUAAUAAGACACACACACACACACACACUCUUAUAUGUUUACACCUCUGCCACGCACACACAGACACACUCAUUUCUCUUGUCUAUAUACUGCAAUUGAUAUUCUAUUCACAUGCAGCCUUCACAUACUUUCUGUUUUAUUUAUACAUCUAAGCUGUCAGUCUUUUUUGUUUUUCUCAUGGACUUACCGUCAGUGGAUCUGAUGGGCUUCAAUAAUGCAGUAACUAUAUGUCACAUUGUGUUUUGUGAAAAAAAAGAACAUAUACAGUACUAUAUGUGCUUACGCAAAAAAGAGAAAAAAAAACUUUAAAGAGGGAAAGUCUAUAGGUCUCUGUGAACACUCCGAGUCAUUAAAAAAAAAAGAAGAAAAGUUUGUUUUCAAGAGAAUGCACAGGGCUUUUGGUGCUUUAUAAAAAAAAAAACCUUUAAAGUGCUUUACUCUUAACCAAGGUCCAACACCUGCCGUUUUCACGGACCAAUAUUGUAGCAUUUCCGCCUUCCUACCUUAUUCUAUGAAUAUUCGUAGUCAUAUUUCACAUAACAUGAAAAUGCAAUAACGUCUUUGGUUUAAAUAUAUAUAUUUUUUACUUACCAAGACAUCUGAGCAUCAAUAAAGUUGACCCAUGUUCGGCAGUAUUCUUCUGCUUUUUUUGUUGGGGUUAUUGGAAUAUUUUUCCAUGAUCAACCAGGUCAUUAAAGAAAGUAUGUCAGAAAA